GGGAGUCGUACACAGUUUGCCAGCAUCGCGUCGGACGGGGAAAUACGUCCCGUUGGAACUUCCGGAUGUCGAUAACAAUAAUCAGAUGUGUAUGGUGGACCCAUUUGGUCAAUGGAAGAUGACUUUACAUGUUCUUGGACGCAAUACAAUCGCGUUUAAAAACCAAAAAGAUUCGAAUUGGUACAAUCGUACUUGA